AUGAUUGACAGGAGAAUGUCAUUAACACCACUUCUACCAACUUCUACCUUCGAACAAAAGAAGAAGCCAGCAAAGCAGAGUCAAAAGGACUAUGAUGAUGUACAAAAACGCAUUGUCAGAACAGGAGUUCAAAUGGGCCACGUGUCUAGGUACAUAGAAAAAAUUUUUGGUUGCUAUGUAACAUCAUCUUUCUUAAUAAAUAUAGCUGCAAUAGUUUCCACUAAAAAUAAUAUUAAAAUAGAUAAAUUAGCGAGGAGAAACAGAUCUGCACUCCUCUGUUGGUUUGCUGAAAAUUGGACUCAUGUGUAUCCUGUAAUACACGAGCUCAUGCAAAAAUUCAUAUAUUCUGGAAUGGAUGUUAAUAAGAAGAAUUAUCCUCAAGAGAUGAUACAAGAGCCUCAGAAUAACGAGAACGAAAUUCUCGAUCCUUCUGACUUAUCACAGCUUAUCAAUCACCAUGAAUAG